AGCGGGUCCGCAGUUCCCCUGGCCCGAAGUAACCGCCUCAUGGAGCGAGGGUCCCAGAGUUUGGUGCCCGGCUCCUGGGUGAGAGAAACACCGCCCAUGGCACAAGGCCGGGAGCGAGAGGACUUGGCCUUCUCCGUUGCCACCGCGUCCCUGAGUGUGAGAUGGGUACAAGCUUUCCCUAAGCAGAAUGUUCAUUUUGUCAACGACAACACCAUUUGCUACCCUUCUGGGAAUUAUGUGAUAUUUAUUAAUAUUAAAACCAAGAAGAAGACUGUACUCCAGUGUAUUAAUGGAAUUGUGGGCGUCGUGGCAACUAAUGUUCCCUAUGAAGUUGUGGCUUUUUCUGACCGAAGGCUAAAACCCCUCAUCUACGUAUACAGUUUUCCUGGAUUGAUCAGAAGGACCAAAUUAAAAGGUAAUGUUCUUCUGGACUACACUUUACUUGCGUUCAGUUACUGUGGCACCUACCUGGCUAGCUACUCCACUCUCCCAGAAUUUGAACUAGCCCUUUGGAACUGGGAGUCGAAUGUCAUUUUGUGCAAGAAAUCACAGCCCGGUGUGGAUGUGAGCCAGAUGUCUUUUAACCCCAUGAACUGGCACCAGCUAUGCUUAUCUAGUCCGAGUUCAGUGACUGUGUGGACCAUCGAAAGAAGUAACCAGGAGCAUUAUUUCAAAUCAAAGUCAGUAAGGCUGCCUCUAGAAGAUGGGUCAUUUUUUGAUGAAACAGAUGUCAUUUUCCCACACUCGUUGUCCAAGGAUCCCAUCUAUGGACCUGUGCUGCCACUAUCAGCCGUUGCUGGGCUAGUAGGUGAAGAGGCGGAAACUUUCAGGCCAAAAGAUGAUGUAUAUCCUCUGCUACACCCAACUAUGCAUUGCUGGACUCCAACAAGUGACCUGUAUGUUGGCUGUGAAGAGGGUCAUCUUUUAAUGAUUAGUGGAGACACCUUGAAAGUGACUGUGCUUACUAAGAUAGAAGAGUCACCACCACUGGACAGAAGAAAUCUUAUCAAUCCAGUCACCUUGGUAUAUCAGAAGGAGGGAGUGCUCACUUCUGGAAUUGAUGGCUUGGUAUAUUCUUUUAUUAUUAAAGAUUCAAGUUACAGAAUAGAGGAUUUUCUGGAGGUCGAAGAGCCUGUGGAGCACAUGGUGUUUUCUCCCAGUUACAAAAUGUUGCUGAUUCAAACAGAGAAGGGAUCUCUUUAUACUUACACUUUUGGUGUGGAGCCAACCUUAGAUAAAAUCCUAGAUGCUUGUGAUGGGAAAUUUCAGGCAAUUGAUUUUAUAACACCUGGGACCAAACAGUUCAUGACACUCACAUAUUCAGGGGAAAUUUGUGUUUGGUGGAUAGAAGAUUGUGCUUGUGUAAGCAAGAUUUCUCUGAAUACACCAGCAACAGUUCUGGCCUGCUGUCCCUCCUCCCUCUCUGCAGCUGUGGGGACCAUGGAUGGCUCCAUCCACUUCCUCAGCCUACACAACGCAGAGUCCCCGCAGGUCAUUCACAAGGCCUUCCUCUCUGAAUCGCCUGUUCAGCACCUCAUUUAUGACCAGCGAGGACUGUAUCUGUUAGCCGGAACAUCAGAAGGAAAUAUUUUUAUUAUCAAUGCGAAUCCUUCAAGCUUAUUUCAGAUUCUUGGGUUCACAGAGGUGAGCAAAGACAUUUUACAAAUAUCCACAGUGUCUCUUUUGGAAACGGACGUAGUGGAAGUGCUGGUGCUUUUCUCACUUCCAGAAACAGGAAGAAGCAGGCUGGAAAUAUUUACUCUGCCUACAUUACUACCACAAGUUUCUGCCUCGUUUGCCGAUGAAAGAGGGAGGCUGAGAGAUGAGUUGAUUCACAAGUACCUGUAUGAGCUGGAGCACACGUUGUCCUCCGCGGUCUUGGACUUUCAAAGUAACCAAAUAUUUGGCUUCUGCGAUCAAGUGCCAUACAUCUGUAGCUAUCCUCUUCCUGAAGAACAAGAAUUUCGAGGUGUUUAUGUUCUUAAACCGCACCAAAAAGUGCAAAGCAAACAUUAUGGACCUGGCAUGCUCUGUCUGUCUUCACACGGCUUGUGGCUCAUAACAAUCGCUAAAUGUGGAAUUCUGUGCAUCCGAGAUGUUUAUACUUUGGAAACAUUUGCUCGGUGUCGGAGUCAUUCCCACCAAGGUCAUGGGAUUCAAUCAGUGAGAAUGUCAAUGGAUGGACAACACAUUCUGGUGAAUGGAAAAAAUGAUGGCACCCUUGUCUACCUGAAAUGGAAACGAUUUGGAGGAAACGUAACCAAUGGAAUUCUUGAAUAUUGCCAGAAACUAUUAACGGCUCUGAGCAACACCAUGGAUGAAGAGAGUAAUUAUUUAAGCACAGCAGCACGAGUUUCUGAAGACAUGGACUCUGAACCUGAAUGCGCAGUAUCUCAGAAGAAGUCAAGCAUUGACUCAUCACAAGAGGAGUUAAGCCUAUCUGUCAAGAUAAAGGAAAUGUCUUGGAUACAACAAAAAAACCAAGAGGCCAUCAAACAGGAAGUUAAGCUGUUUUCUGAGAAAAGAAAAGAGAUAAAAAGAGGAAUCAAAUCACUUGCUAAAACUAUUCUGAAUAUGAUGGAAGAAAAUGAAACAGUAGAUAAAAUUGCCAAAUUAGACCAGAAUGAGUUUGGCCUGGAUCUUGAGGAAUUGGAAAGGCUUCGCAAUGAAAGUGAAGAGGAAGUGGCAAAGAUGAGAAAGGACAUAGAGAUGCAUAACCUAGCCAAGAGAUAUUUGGCUGACCUUAUCAAAGAAGAAUGCUGGAAUUCGAUGCUAGUGAAAGGUCGAGCUCUAAAGUGCUUUCACAUCCCCUGUGUAGUUGAGAACUUCCCAAUGAAAGAGCGCACAGCUGAAGACCUGCAAGAAUUGAAGAAAGUUUUGCAGCAAAAGAAGAUCGAAACAGAGUGUCUUAAAUUACGGAAGGAAAUUGUAGAGGUUCAGUCUGCAGUUACUUUGGUCCAAAAACAUGAAGAAGAUGAUGAAGAGGAAGAUGAAGACAAGCGAUUAAUCAAUACCAACUUGCCCAAUUACCUGCUUGGUAGCCUAAGUACUGAUUUUGGGAUAGAUACCUCUUUAUUAUCAAGCCAAUUGGAACUUCAUUCCAGAGAGGAGAAAAUCAACCAGAUUAUAUUACUGAAAGAUAUCAUUUACAAAGUAAAAACUGCUUUCAAUAAUGAGUUUGAUGUAACAUAUAAACAAAAAGAGUUUGAAAUGGCACGCGUGAAGGAAAGAAACAUUAGAAUUGAAGAGAUUAUCUCAGAUCUGGACUUAGAAGAAACAGUCUGGGAACCAGAAUUUGAGGACUGUGAGAAGCCAGAGAGAACCCUUGUUGUGGAAAACCGGGAGAUUACAGCUCACAAACAUGUUAAUCCAUGGCAAAAAGCCAAAGCAGAAUUUAUUGUGACCCGUGAAAUGGAGCGAUGGCUUCAGGCACGGAGCUCUGACAUGAGACGCCGAGCCCUGAUGGACAUGAUGGGAGGUGUUCUGGAAGUCAAGAAGGAAGACAUUCUGAGAAUGGUGAUUCCUCAACCUGCUUUCAUGUCAAGACCUGAUACUGUGUGGACUGAAGAGGAAAGGAAACAAUACAAAGAGUAUGAGAAAAAAGUCAAAGAGUUAAAUGAAGAAAGAGAUAAGUACAAAAAGUCAUUAGAAGCAGAGCUGAAGAAACUUCAAAACUCUAUUCAAGAAAGCACACAUAACUUUGAUGAACUUCUGAAAAGACUCUUUGAAAGAAGAGUGAAGGCAGAGAUGGUUGUUAACCAGGAGGAAUUGAAAAUAAAUAACCUUAUUUUUUCUUUACUGUUGGAUGAAGAAUUAAGCUCCAGAGAAGCAUUCCUGAACAACUACCUUACAAGGAAGCAGGAGGAGAAAAACCAGACAUCAGAAGCCAUCCGGAAAUCUAGAGAAGAUCUCGAUAUGUACAAGGAGCACUAUGACAACUUACUGGCAGAAGACAAAGUUCUGGACCGCAGUUUUAAAAAGGAAUUUUCUGAAAUACCCAGUCAUCAAGUGGAUAUACUCUACAAACUUUUUAAACGCCGACCAAAGAUUCACAAACAUAAAACACACUUGGAUACAGGCAACAAUAACCCUUUUGGAGAACGACCAGGAUCUGCCAAGUUGAAUAAGGACAACUUUGCCCAGUUAAUGAAAGCCAUGGAUGAGUUGGACAAUGUUAAUAAUAUGCCAGAAGGCGUGGACCCCAUGGUCUGGGAUCAUUUCUGCAUAACCAGACGAGCAAAAGUUGAAAAUGAACAGAAAGUGAAGCAGAAAGCAGCUGGCUUAAUGGAAAUGGUGGCCUUCCUACGGAAGAGAGUAGAGGAAGAUGAAAAGCUACAACAGGAAAUUGAAAAAGUCUUCCAUGAACUCAUCCUAUUACAAGAAGAGAAAGUGAAAUUCCAGUUGGAUUUGACAAUCCAAAUUCUUCUUAAACAAGGACAAGUAGAACUGGAGAAUUUCCAAUUAGUACUGGAGUAUGCUGAUGCAAUUCUCAUCAAUAAGAACAUAAUCGAAGACUUGAAUUCCGUGAUUCGGACUCAAGGACAAAAGAAAGUUGCUAGCAUGAUGGAAAGUAAAGACGUACACAAAGGAAUAUUUCAAAUCGAGUGGGAACAUAAGAAAAUGGAGAUGGAAAUGGAAGAUCUAAAUCAGAAGGCCUGGGAUAUUCAGAUGCUGUUUUUUUCAAGAGAUCGUCAAAAGUACCUAAAUGAACCAAACUAUGAGACACUGAUUGCCAUUCAAAUUGGAAUAAUGGAGCAAACCAUUGCUGUUUUAGAUAAGACCCACAAAAAGAAUGUGGAAAACUGCAAAAAACUACUAAAAAAACUGAAGAAGUUCAGCAAUCAAAAAGAUGUAGCAAAUUAUACUCUAAGCUGCAAUCUACGAGAAGAGUUGGUAGCUGUCUCAGAGAGAAAGGACAUCUGUAAUGCAGUGGGGUCUACACUGACUUGUGAAAAAAUUGUCAAAGAACGAUAUGAAAACAUGAUGCAACAACAGAAAUUAACAAAUAUUUCAAAAGAACAAGCUGAACAGAUUUCAAUACUACAAGCUGAAGUUGAAAGAUUAAGGAUGAAGACAUUUCCUGCGCUUGUUCAAAUGUAAAACUACAGGCAGGAAACACAAAGCCAAAUUAAUCAUUUUUAAAAUAAUUUCAUUUGGGUUAAACGAUUUCUUUUGCUUUCAUUUGGGAAAUUUAAGUAGUCUCCUCUUAGUUGUAUGUUUUAAAUAGCG